ACAAUCUUGUGAUCAAUCGCAAUGAAAUUCUUAAUCAUUUUCCUGUGCUUGGCACUUGGACAAUUCAUCACUAUCAAUUGUUCUGGUUUGGAAUUGGUUCAGCCAGGACAAUCGUCAGUACGAUCAGAUCCAAGUAAACUUCGUAUUUGUAAUUCAGAUUUUGCUAUCGAUUUGAAGCGAAUUUAUGGUGGAGAAGAUGCUAAACCAAUGGAAUUUCCUUAUCAGGCAUCGUUGCAGGUCCGUUACCUCAAUUCACAUGUUUGUGGUGCAACGUUGAUCACUAAUCGAUGGAUUCUUUGUGCUGCACAUUGUUUCAGCCGAAAUAGUUAUCCAUAUUCAUGGCAAAUCAAAUUAGGCGAACAUGACCUACGUAAAAAAGAUUCGACCGAACGUUUGUUAAAAGUCGAUAAGAUUAUCAUACACAAGAAAUAUGACCGAAAUAAUCAGCUAUACGAUAUUGCAUUAUUGAGACUAGAAAAACCAAUCGAUUUUAGCCGAGAACGACACUUGAAAACGAUCUGUCUUGCCAAAGAGACAGAUGUAGCCAAAAAUAAUUAUGAAUGCGUUGCAACUGGAUGGGGACGCGGUAAUAAAGGUAAAAAUGUGCACGCUUUUUCCUGGCCAUUAAUUUUUUCAUUUAACUCGAUUACAGGUCGUGUCGUUACGGACGUUUUGCAGAAAUUACCACAACCAGUUCAUAAUUCUACUACUUGUCAACAAAUAUGGAAAGGUGUUGGAUGGCCAAUCACUCGAAAUCAUAUCUGCAUUGGCGAUCUAAGAGGUGGUAAAGGGGUUUGUAAUGGUGAUUCUGGUGGCCCGAUUCAAUGUAGACUCAAAAAUGGUGAUUGGGUACAAUUUGGCAUUGCUUCAUGGACGAUAAGUGAUUGUGUAUCCAGAAAUUUUGCUGCCGUUUUUACCAGUGUAUCCGGUUAUCGUAAUUGGAUCAUUGAAACGAUCCGUAAAAAUUCUUACUAAACAAUUUAAACAAUAAUAUAUUUAAAUUAAUAUUUUAUCACCACAGAAAAAGUUUGAAUAAAAAAAAAUUGAAUUAAUUCCAGUGUCCUGA